CGUCCUCGUCCACCACCUCUUAUCGUUACUCGUCGGCAAUUGGCAGCGAAAUGUCUAAAGAAUCUGCAAAGAAAAAGGCCAGGACGGACGAAAAGUACCAACUAUACUAUUGGCCUGGUAUCCCAGGCCGCGGUGAGCCGAUUCGGCUCGCAUUUGAGGAGGCUGGUGCAUCUUAUGAGGAUGUGACCUAUACUCAGGGUGUCAGCGCACUGACGAAUUUGAUCAAAAAUGGAACUCACUUUGCCCCACCGGUCCUUCGCCAUGGUGACUUGGAGAUUUCUCAGUUGCCAAAUAUCAUGCUCUAUCUUGGUCAGAAGCUUAAGCUGGUCCCAGACUCAGAUGAGGCCAAAUAUAAAGUCAACCAAUACUUUUUGACAAUCAUGGAUCUCCAAAAUGAAGCGCAUGAUGUCCAUCACCCCAUUUCCGUUGCUCUUUACUACGAGGACCAGAAGGAUGCUGCCAAGGAGCGUGCCAAAGACUUCCGCGAAGCACGUAUCCCAAAGUUCUUUAAGCAUUUCGAGACGGUUCUCUCAAAAAACAAGGAGGGCAAAGGAGAAUGGCUAUAUGGCACAGACCUUACAUAUGCAGAUCUUGCACUGUACCAUCUCGUUGAAGGGUUGCUAUUUGCCUUUCCUCGUGCUGUCGGAGAUAUUCUGAACGAUUAUCCGAAAAUCUUUGACCUUCAUCAUCGAGUCAAGGCUCGUCCCCGUAUCGCAGCUUAUCUCGAGAGUGAUCGUCGUCCGAAGUUCUCCAAUGGUCUGUAUCGCCAUUAUGAGGAGCUUGAUUCACCCGAGAAGGAUGUUCCAGGGAAGGGAGGAAAAGAACAGGAAGCAGACUGAGGGAUUUGCAGCGGAUACAACAAAAUGAAUUGUUUACUUGAGAUUUGACUAAAGAAUGUAGAAAUGUACUGUCAUACUUCACUGUCGCUCUCAGAGCUUCCGAGAGCCGCAAGGCACUGAAAGAGUUACUAUCUAUAGACAAUGUAGGGGCGAAAACC